AUGUCUACUCAGUCAGUGCAGUGUUUUGGUAAAAAGAAGACCGCCACCGCCGUUGCUCACUGCAAGGCUGGCCGCGGUCUCAUCAAGGUCAACGGACGACCUCUCUCUCUCGUCCAGCCCGAGAUCUUGCGCUUCAAGGUCUACGAGCCUCUCCUCGUUGUUGGCCUCGACAAGUUCGCCAACGUGGAUGUGAGAGUCCGCGUCAGUGGUGGUGGCCAGGUGUCUCAGAUCUACGCCAUUCGACAGGCCAUCGCCAAGUCCCUGAUCGCCUACUACCAGAAGUUUGUUGAUGAGCACUCCAAGAACCUCCUCAAGCAGGCUCUCGUCCAGUUCGACCGAACCCUCCUCGUUGCCGACAACCGCCGAUGUGAGCCCAAGAAGUUCGGUGGUAAGGGUGCCCGCUCUCGCUUCCAGAAGUCUUACCGUUAA